UGCUGGGAGUUUACACGGGAGUCAGCACGCUGCAGCCCUGACCGGGCUUGGUGACUGUCGGAGUCGCUUGUCUCGCUGGAAAAGUGAGGCGAGAGGAAAGAAAAUGCAUUGACAACGUGGUGCAAAAUCUAAAAAAGUUCCCACCCUCGUAGUGAAGUUUGCCCCAGGCCAUCCAUUUCUGCUAGUAACUAGGGGCGGGUGGAGGUCUCCUAAGAUACCAUCUAAGAAUCCAUCCUCCUCCUUCCGAUGUAAGAAACAUGAGUGCAAGGGACCAUCGAACAUUCAUUACAACUCACAGGACUAGUGACAUAGAUAAUCUGGUUGUUCGUAUGAAAAAUGGUCUUUUCAGCCAGAAGUAUAAACCUGUUGACUAUAAACAACUACAUGCACUUACUGAAGAAAAGAGAAAAGCAUCUGCUAAUAUACAAUUAAAGGUUAAAAGAGUAGAACAAGUUUCAAAAACUAAUAAAGAACAAAUGCUGCUGAAACAGCACCACCAGAUCUGGUGGCAAGAACACAAACGACUGAGUGAGAACAGACAUAAAGUGGAAGCAGAAAUGCAAACUCUCCUUGAUGAAGGGAGCCUUGAAUGUGAAUUUCUUUUGGAUAUAUGGGACUUGGCACAUAAGUUAUCAAAGGAACGGGAUACAUAUCAGACAAAUACAGUAGAUCCCAUCUGGCAACUGAGAGAGGAUUUGAAAUACAGGCUGUCUGAAAUGCAGUGCUACUCUUCACAGAAAUCCUCCAUGGAAUAUGAGUUCCUUCCAAUCAAGGUGUUAGAGCAGGUAGACUUUGUGAAGGAACAACAGAAAACAAUUUUGGAAUUACUUAAUCAAGAAAAACUGGCUUUGGAACAAGAGCUUGAAGACUGUAAGGCUAAAGUACUAAUAUACUCUUUUGAAGAGAAAACUAGCCUUUUUCAUAAAGUUCCUAUACAGUUACUGGCCUUGGAAUGUCCAUACCCCGAUUUGAAGUCUUCAGUCUUUAAUGAAUUCCAUAAAUUUGCAGAUGAAUAUUGGUCUAAACUUCAAGAGAUUGAUCAACAGUUAAAAGUAAUAUCCAGGAACAUAGGCUGGAGUGAAGAAGAUCACUGGGUUUAUCAGACUGUUAUAAAUCAGUAUCCAAGUGACCUUCAGAGCAGAAGAACUCUGUACUUGGAUAUGCUACAGAGACAUCUGCCUCACAAAUCUAGGCAUGAUCUGGUUGCUCAUGAAAAGGCUUGGGACCAGUAUCAUUUUGCUAGGAAUCAACGUAAAGCUUUGAUUCUAAACUGGGCUCAGGCUAGAAAAGCCUUUUUACUGAAAGCAGUAAUGACUAUUGCUGAAGCCUGUGCUGCUCAUGAGACAGAAGUGAUAUUGGCUAAUAAUAGAAGAAAGCAACAGGAAAUCUGUGCUGAUCUGAAAGGAAAGGUUCUACAGUGGAGAGCACACCAGGAGGAGACAGCCAGACUGGAAGCUGCUAUAGCUGCCAGAAGAAAAGAAAAGGAAGAUGAAAAAGAAAAGAUACAGAAAAAAAAGGAAAUGAUUCAAAGAGCAGAGGGAAAAGAAAAGGUGAGAAUAUACUGGGCUGAAAAACAACGCAAGUGGCAAGAAAUGGAAGAGAAAGAUCUACAGCGUCUGGCAGAACUGAAGAAAUUAAUGAUUGAACAAGCAACUAAAGAUAAAGAAAGGGUUAAGUUUAGACAACAACUGUUGGAAAACCGCCUGAUGGAGAGAAAAGAACUGUCCCUUCAAGAAGCCCAUGAGAAAGAAGAAAGAGAGAGACGUCUUGAAGCCCUCAGGCAACAGGUUGCUGUUGUUGCUGAAAUUGACCCAGCUAGAAUGAUGGCUGAUACAGUGGCAUCUAAAGGUAAAAUGGGCAUUGGAACUGAAGAAGAAGAAUGUGUUCUUCAAAGACCACUGUUUACAUUAAAUACAUACAAUGAACAACAGAUCAUUUCUGACCCUAGAAUUCGUGUUGAGCUAGCUCUUCGAGAAGCUGGACUUCAUAAAACUCCUUAUGCUAAAGAGAUUUUACCAAAAAUUCCUCCACUCAAACUUCCAAGAAAGGACAUGGAAUCAACAGUCUUUAAAAUGUAGAAUCCAGAAUGGAUUUCAGAACUCUUUGACUAUCCUCUGGACUAUAAUAGGAAAAUUUUAAAGAAACUUCUUUAAUUUAGAUAACUUUGUGAAUUUAGGAUACUUCAUAGAAUUAUGGAGUUCUCAGUCAGUGCAGUCAUUUAAAAAUAAAUUUAUUUCCUAUGGAAUGCAUAGUAGGCCAUUUAAUAUUCUCCCCACAAUCUUGAAUAGAGUUUUGGAAUGUCAUGUUCUUUAAGAACUUUUUACUGAGAUAGUAAUCUAAUUAUCUGGAGCUAAAUCAACCCCUUAUGUAAAAGCUUCAGGAAGAGUCACUGUGCAUGGAACCCUGUGUUAAGAUUUCCACACAGCAUCAUGUUUGAGAUGGUGUUUUCCCUCAUUAUAAUCACUGUGGGGUCCAAACCCAAACCUGAUGGAUCUCUGGGGAUCUAUGGGAGGCAUGGGGUCAUCAGCAUGUCCCCUUACUGGUUCUGAUCCUUGGAAGCCUUCUGCCAAUUCCCACCAUGGCAGCGUGGUUCCUUUGGAGCUACACUUAUAGGUAGUCUCCCCCUGGCCCACAGUAGCACCUGAGCAUUCCCCAGGAAACUCUGUGGGAAAGAUUAUAUAAUGUGGGAUCCUGCCCCCAGAUUUACCCUUUUUCAGCCUCCCCCAGUGAAGGCCCUGGAGAGGGCUCCACUGGGUGUGUGAUAGUGUUGAGUCUCUUCCCUGCAGAAGACGUGAUAUCUGUAUGUGGAGGGCUCUUCACACACACAUCACACAGAAUACAAUCUGGCACUUGGUAAACAGCAUUUUGAAGAAAUAUUUUUUGUGUUAAUUGGCAGCACAAAUCUAACAUAACAUCACAAAAAAGUCAUUUUAGAUGGUAAUAUAGUACAUAGAUGCAUCCAACAUAACUUUCGUAUCAGGUUAUAUUACCUGAGAAUUUGAUUUUUUAAUUAUAAAAACUUCAUUAUCAUAAAUGCUUCUAUUAUUCCUUCAUUAUUAUAAGAGGAAACUUAACCUUUCUCUAAAAUUAGAAACCAAUUUGGUGCAUCAUGUUUACUGCAAACCAAUCCAAACAAUUUCAUUUUGCAAUUUAGUCAUUCAGAAUACAUUAUAAAAUUAGAAAUAACAUUUUAGCGCUAGGAUCUGUAUUUUGGUUUUUUGUUUUUUUUUUUUAAAGGAUUUUUUUUCAUUUACAUGAAAGGGAAAUUGAAAAGUAAUUUUGUAUAACUUUGCUUUUUCUAACUUACAUAACAUGCAUGUAACAUGUAUGAAAACAAGAAGUAUCAAAUAUGCACCUAGCAAGCUAAUCACCAUUCAAGAAACUAUUUGCAUAUGACUGAGAAUAUGGUCUUUUUAUUUCAUUUUACAUUAUUUGUCAAAUAAUAUAUACACAUCGAAAUUUCUUAUUCAGACUUUCAUAAAAUACAUACACUGUAUGGCUCAUGCUGUAUUAAGGGACAAUGAAUAUUAGAAUAAAAAUAAGA